AUGGUUAAUGCCAGAACUUCUUAUAAGACUUAUAGAAUGACUUCCUUACCACGUCGCUUAUAUUAUAAGACAAAACGCGUUAUUAUGAAACCUGUAAGAAAAGCUAAAGGUCAUCAUACUACUGGUACUACCGCUACAGGCCCUACGAAUACUCGCAAACAUCCAAAGUUAUUCGGUGGAUUUAAACGAGGUCGUACCAAACAAACCCAACCUGCUCAUAACACAAAAACUCGUCGUUUUUUCGGAUAUACCCUAAGAAAAGAUCCUAAUCGCAACUACAAUAAUAAUAAUAAUAAUAAUAAUCGUAAUAAUCAUGGUAAUAAUAAUCAUCAUCAUCGUACCAUUAAGUCUAAACUUCGUUCUCUUUUACACUAA